AUGGUGAAGGAGAAGCCCAAUUCAAUACGGAUUUACGAUGACGAGGGGUUCAGGAGGCGCGCUGCUUGUAUUUGCGUACGUUCUGACGCCGAAACAGAGGUGCUGUUAGUAACAUCCUCGCGUCGCCCAGACAACUGGAUAGUCCCAGGAGGUGGAGUGGAGCCUGAGGAAGAGCCAUCUGUCACCGCGAUGCGUGAGGUUUUGGAGGAAGCUGGUGUUAUCGGCAAGCUUGGAAGGUGUCUUGGUGUUUUUGAGAAUCGAGAACACAAACACCGAACUGAAGUGUAUGUAAUGACCGUUACUCAGGAGUUAGCGGAGUGGGAAGAUUCAAGAUUGAUGGGUCGUAAGAGACAGUGGUUCUCCAUAGAAGAUGCAUUGGCCCAGCUUGCACUCCACAAGCCUAUCCAGCGGCAUUACCUUCAGCAGCUCAAGCGAUCAAAACAGACUAAGACAGAUGAUAGCUAA